UGGAGGCCUAUAUUCCAUCGACCACAAGGGUUUAGAUAGCGAAAGGGGUUUUAUUAAGUGAGAGAGUGUGAAAUUAGGGUUUGGGAAACGAUGUCUGACGGCGAAGUGAAGAAGGGAUCUGUCAAGUGGUUCAACGAUCAGAAGGGGUUCGGCUUCAUCACUCCCGAUGACGGCAGCGAGGAUCUUUUCGUCCACCAAUCCUCCAUCAAAUCCGACGGAUUCCGCAGCCUCGGCGACGGCGAGGUCGUCGAAUACACGGUGGAGUACGGGAGCGACGGCCGCGCCAAGGCGGCCAACGUAACCGGACCUGAUGGCGCGUCUGUGCAGGGCAGCACCCGCGGCGGAGGCGGCGGCGGUGGCGGUGGCUACGGAGGUGGAAGAGGCGGCUAUAACGGAGGAGGCAGAGAUCGUGGCUACGGAGGCGGCGGCGGCGGCUACGGAGGCGGCGGUGGCGGCUACGGAGGCAGCGGGGGUGGCUACGGAGGCGGCGGUGGCGGCUACGGAGGAGGUGGCGGCAGCGGCUGCUUCAAGUGCGGUGAGAACGGUCACAUGGCGAGGGAGUGCCCGACCGGAGGAGGUGGUGGCGGCGGCGGUGGCCGUUACGGUGGUGGCGGCGGUGGAGGCCGUGGUGGUGGUGGCGGCGGCGGCUGCUACAACUGCGGUGAGGAAGGGCAUUUCUCUCGCGAGUGCCCUAACUCCAACCGUUAGAUCUGCUUCGUUUUCCGUCAGUAGCUGUUUCUGAGCUUGGUUUAUGUUUAUCUUUGUUUUCUGGUCUGGUCUAGUGGUCUAGGGUUUCUCAUAUGGUACUGCAUAAUGAGGUUUCUGGUGUGGGCAAGACACUUUUGGGUUUCACUACUGUCUGUUCCCCAGAUUUCUCAUUUUUCCUUAGGGUUUGAAUAUUUUGAAUGUGAUGUUGGUCUAUCUCUAUUUUUGUCCACAAAUGUAUACAUGCGUACAUGUAUGAACAUGUUGGUUGGCAAUCUAUCAAAUGAAUUGAGUGUU